UGCUCUGGCUCUCAGUGAAAGUGAAAUGCCCGCACCGAGCGACACCAAACACCGUUAAAGCCAUAUUACAAAGCGCCGUCAACGACCCGGCGGUUAUUCCUUUACCUGUAUGCGCGAUUUGACGCUCGCGGCGGGAUGCGAUAAACGUUGACAUCGGGUUUUACGCACAGGAUCGACUCGUACUCGCCCUCGGCCGCCAUCUUGAUUCAACUGUUAUUGAUGUGGGAGUAGUGGUUGUGACUCAUUUAUUCUCUUCUUUUCUGAGAGGGGGGUUGUGUGUGUGUGUGUGUGUGGUCUGCGUCCAAACCGUCAGAACGCCGUCAGUUGAAGCAUACCCCACUAACCAAAAUGCAUCUGAAAUGUUAUUAAACGUAACGAUACUCUCAUGAAAUUCCUUCAAAUUGUAAUUUUAUAGGAAAACUAAAUAAUUUCCUGCUAAUUUAUUUUUCAGUUGUAUUAUAAAAGACGCAAAACUGGUGGACAGACAUGUAUAUUUAAUUGAGAAUAUAAAUAAUAAGUUAAAAAAAAAAGCACAUCGUGAGGGGGCGUGGACUAGCAGGUGGUGCUGAAAACUGCGGAAGCGGAAAUCGUCGUCGUGUCCAGGAUUCUUCGAGGAGAUCUGCUCAGGCUGUACGAUCUGGUUUCUGAGCAUCCGGAGACAAGUCAAUGCAGUCAGAGAGAAGAUAAGAGCAGCAGGAUGUUCACUCACUGAGCCAGCACUGAAGAAACAUACAAAAAUACAUCUUUGACAGCACAGGCGUUAUAAAAGACACCAUGACGUCCUCUAUGCUCCGCCGACAGCUGAAGAACCUGGUCCAGAACUACUCUGAGGCCGAGGUCAAGGUGAGAGAGGCGACGUCUAAUGAUCCGUGGGGCCCGUCCAGCUCUCAGAUGGCCGACCUCUCCGAUCUGACCUACAACGUGGUGGCCUGCAAUGAGAUCAUGACGAUGCUCUGGAAGCGCCUGAAAGACGACAAGAACUGGAGACACAUCCACAAGUCCCUGACACUGCUGGAGUACCUGUUAAAGACCGGCGACGAUCGUGUGCUUCUGAAAAUGAAAGACAGCAUCUACAUCGUCAAAGCCCUCACAGAGUAUCGCUUUGUAGAAAAGGAUGGCAAGGAUCAGGGUGGAACUGUGAGAGAGAAGGCCAAAGUUGUCCUUGUUCUCAUGGAGGACGAUGAUAAACUGAAAGAGGAGAGAGACUUUGCCGUCAAGACCAGAGAGAAGACUUCAAAAAAUGCUGCUGCCUCAUCUGCUGACGCCAUCAAGGAUCCCAGCUACAAGCCAUGCUACGUUGGCGGGGCCGCAGGGCUUCCAUCCUUAGACAACAUACCGUCAGUGGCCGACUUGACCGCUUCCUUCGCUGCCCGCAAAGAGGAGCGUCUAAAGCAGGAAGUUGAGAAGAAAGAAGGGGAGAGGAGGGCCAAGUUGAGUGAAGACGAGCUGAAAUGGGAGGAUGCAGGAAAAGGCAAUGAUGAUAAAGGAGGUGCUUGGGGAGGGGAGAAAGCAGAGGAGGAGGAAGAGGAGAAGGAGAAACCAGAGGCAUGGGGAGCCCCGAAAGAACCUAAAGAAGCCGCAGGUCCAUGGGGCGCACCCUCAAAGCCUGACACAACUGACGCACCCGCCAGCGGUGAUCCUUGGGGGGCUCCAACUAAAGCUGAUGAGGAUCCAUUUUCAGCACCAAAAACUGAUGAAGAUUCAUUUGCUGCACAAAAGAAUGGAGAAGAUCCUUUUGCAGCUCCAAAAGAUGAACCCGAUCCAUUUACUGCAUCAAAAGGUGACCCGUUCAACGCACCAAAAGAUGGUUCAGACCCCUUCAAUGCACCCAAAGACAAGGAAUAUCCAUUUGCUGCUCCAAAAGAUAAACCAGAUCCCUUCAAUUCGUCUAACAAUGAUCCAUUCAACGCCCCCAAAGACGAUCCAUUCAAAGCCCCCAAAGACGAUCCAUUCAAAGCCCCCAAAGACGAUCCAUUCCACUCCCCGAAAGACGAUCCAUUUAACGCCCCCAAAGACGAUCUAUUUAACGCCCCCAAAGACGAUCCAUUCAACUCCCCGAAAGAUGAUCCAUUCAACUCCCUGAAAGAUGUUCCAUUCAAUGCCCCAAAAGAUGAUCCAUUCAACUCCCCCAAAGAUGUUCCAUUCAAUGCCCCAAAAGAUGAUCCAUUCAACUCCCCCAAAGAUGAUCCAUUCAAUGCCCCAAAAGAUGAUCCAUUCAAGGCUCUAAAGGAUGAUCCUUUUAAUGCCCCGAAAGAUGAUCCCUUUACUGCACCAGCAUCAACACCCCCUAAAGAAGACCCAUUUGCAGCACUAGCAUCAUCUAAAGAUGACUCCUUCACUGCUGCAACACCACCACCCAAAGAGGAUCCUUUCUCUGCAUCAUUCAAACCCACAAAAGAGGACCCCUUUGCUGCACCAACAACACCCCCUAAAGAGGACCCAUUUACAGUGCCAUCCAGUCCACCAAAAGAUGAUGCCUCCGAUCCCUUCAAUGCCCCUCCAGUGAGCUCGCCUCAAGGCAGUGCAGAUGCGUGGGGAGCCCCUGCUAGCUCUCCGCCCACUGACGGGGCAGAUCCCUGGGGGGCGCCGUCUGCUCAAGAGGAAACAAAGGGCGGAGAUCUCUGGGGGGACGGGACAAGCGCCUUCUCACCUGUUGAUAAUUCUGAUGCAUUUGGAGAUUCAUCCAAACUGGACAAUGACCCAUGGGGAGCUCCAGCUGCAGCUCCAGUCAGCACAGAUGAUGCGUGGGGUUCACCUGCUCCACCCUCAGACUCCUCCCCGGCUAGUGACCCCUUUGGCGACGGAGCAUCUAAAACAGGUGAUCCUUGGGGUGCGCCGAGCAACGCAUCGAGCAAUGGGACAGGGAAGCGAACCGCGCAGGAGGAGAAGGCGUACAGAAAGACUGCUUCGUUUCUGGGCUCUGCGGGCGCGUCACUCGUCGACUUGGACGAUCUAUUUUCUUCUAAUCCCGAACCCAAACAGCGCUCCCUCCCCAACACGCUCGUCACCCAGACACAAGCCAUCGGCGCUUUCAAAGCCCGGGGCUUGACAUCUGUCCCCGUGGUCAGAUCAGGGGCUGUUACAGGGUUAUCCCUUCCUGAAACAUCAACCCCGUACUGCAGUCCGUUUGGUUCCACCCUCGCUCCCUCCUUUGGUGCACCUUCUUACACUUUUGGAGCUGCUAAACCUUCCAGUGAAUCUCCCUUACCGUCCUAUUCCACGAGAGUUUCUCAUUCUGGCUUAAACAUGCUUCAGGCAGCUCAGGUGGCUCCCCCAUGUUCAGGAACCGGAAUGGUACAAUCCGUUUCUAUGGGAGGGAGUCCACAAAUGGGACUGAGCAUGAACCCCUCCUUUGGAGGACUGGGAAUGGUGCAGUCUGGCUCUCUGGUGGGGAUUCCUUUGACAGACCCCCUCUUAAUGGGAACAGGAAUGGGUCAGUCCAGUUUCUUUGGAGGGAAUUGCCAGACAGGGGGGGCUCACUUGGGAGGUUCCACUCCACAGGCCGGGGGGAGAGUCCCCUUCCAGCCACAGUUGCUCUCAGGCAAUGGGUCGGGUGACACGGUGAACAAAAACAACAAUCCAUUCCUGUUCUGACAGCUUGACAUGGAAUAUGUCCUGCCAGAUACAUGUAUAAGAUUAAAUGACCGCAAUUGGUAGUUUAACAUGUUUUGGCCCUCUCAACCAUUUUUCCAAUUAUAGCCCAAAUACAUUCGAUUGCUUUACUACGUAUCUUCAAGGCAGUCAUUGAGUUUUACGUCAUAAUAUUUUGUCAGCCUUACAAUAUAAUCAAAUGGUAUUUAAUUUUUCUUGUAGGCAGGGACUGUCAGGACAACUCGUAUUGGUAGACUUGUAAAAAACGAUUUUGUGAAUUUGGCCAUUUCUUGAAUUGAAAUGUUGUUUUUCAGCGACCGACUCUUAAAAAUCAGAUGUCAGAAUAUGUCCUUGAAUGCACCAAGAAAGAGGACUAGUUUAUAAAACGUAUUUAGUUGUGAGAGUCCCUGCUCCUCUGAUUCACGCUGUGACAAUGACAUAAUGGGUGGUAUGAAAUCACAGGCAGGCUGGUGAACCUUGUAUGCUAUACUUUUGGAAAAUGAGCAGUAGCAACGUUCAUACAACUCGUAAGGCUAAAACAUGCAGAAACACUUUUAUAAUCCUUUAAUUAAACCCGUCAGCUCCUCCACUUACCUCCCCUUGAGAUCUACACACGUCCAAAUAAAAUGACAGCCACGGUUAAAAUGUAUGCAACAUAGUAUAAUAUAAUAACAGAAACAUACACAAAACGUGUGUGAAAGGUCCGUAUGCUUCUGUUUCAAUGCACAAGUGUGAGAAGCAGAGAGCAUCCUGAGUGUGUGUCUAUGUGGAAAUACUGAAGAAUUACUGUUGACGUGAGUGUUGACCUGUAAAACAUUGACAGAGCUGAUGUGGGGAAGACGUCACUGUAGGUUUUCAUUUAUGUGUGUGUUUGUACAAGGAGUGUGUGUGUGUGUGUGUGAGACCUGCACGCACGCAGUACGUGUGUGUGUGUUCAGUAUAUAUUGUGCUGAUGUAAAUAGUGGAAGUAAUCACAGAUAAACCUUGAAAUAUACUGUAUAUUAGAGUGUUACAAUCAUGAGUAACUAUUUAUUGAUCUAUUUAUUGAUUGGUUGAUUAUUUAUUGAUGCAGCAACGGCCUCCAACAAAGACGAGUUCGGGUUAGCUUUCUUUACAGUGUCGUCGUCAUCGAGACGGGUUGACCGGAUUGUAUUGAUAAGAUUUCAAGCAUGAUUGGCUCCAAGCUGACUGUUCAAACACGGCGUUAUCAAUCAACUCAGUAACCAAUGGUGGCUUUUCUUUCUUCCCUGUUUAGAUUUGUAGUCGUUCUGGAUUCAUUGUGUAAUUGAACAUGUCCCCGCUGUACCUCCUGAAACAGAAAUGUGUUACUGUGUGAUGUUUAGCUGCAGUGUUGGCUGAAUAAAGUCUGAAUUUGAACAUACCAACCUCUUUAAUGUGCAUGCAGUCUGAGCCGAUCCUCCUCUGUAAGUGUGUGUGUGUGUGUGUGUGUGUGUGUGUGUGUGCCCCUCAUCUAUUUAGUGUGUGAGUGGCUAAUGACAUUUCAACACACACCUGCAUCUCUUUAUGUUCUUCUACGAAUGAAGAUACAUGUGUUGAGAGGUUUUGACUGAGAAAACAUGAACAGUAGCAGAGUUCACUGUCGUUUAUGAGACGUGGAAACAUCACAGCUCAGUUAAUCAAAGCCAGACACGACCAAUGAGGCGUCUAAGAGGUCACUCAGUUUUGAAUUGUUGCCGUUGUUUGUGUUUUAUGGGCCUCGUCGCGUCUUUUGUGUAUUUUUUUUUAUAUCUUUUAAAUAUGAAUUUUGGUGGAAGAUUUGACUGAAAGGAUCUUUGAGUUAUAGGAGGAAGAUGAGAAACUAGCCCAAAAUGCUAUUAGUAUGAUUUCCUCUCAUAUUUAAUUUUGUAUGAAAUUAAUUAAUUUAGCUGUGUAUUUAAACUUAAAGCUGUGUUGUAAACUGUGACAGUAUGCAGUACAUUUGAGAAAUAAAAUGAUACAAUAAGUGA